CAACGUCCAAGAAACAAAUAAUUUAGCGUUAGGAACACUUUUUAGACGGUUGUUCACGAUGCUCUAAGUCUUCAUUGUUGAGUCAGUCUAAGGUUUAGCGAUCCUUUUCAUACAGCACAACCACGAACCACCACACUUGUCCUUGGUGUCGCAAUGGAUUGAAAAGAGCUUGCGGGCCCGUGAAUCGAGACACCGAUGGAGAGCGCCGCCGGCGAGGAGCGGCCGCGGAGCCACCGGUUCGUGCUCGUGCACGGCGUAUGCCACGGCGCGUGGAGCUGGUACAAGGUCGCCACCGCCCUGCGGUCGGCCGGCCACCGCGUCGACGCGCUCGACAUGGCCGCGUGCGGCGCCAGACCGGGGCGCGCCGAGGAUGUGGGCUCGUUCGAGGAGUACAGCCGGCCGCUGCUGGACUUGCUGGCGGCGCUGCCGCCGGGGGAGAAGGCGGUGCUGGUGGGCCACAGCUACGGCGGCCAGAGCCUCGCGCUGGCCAUGCAGGCGCACCCGGACAGGGUCGCCGUCGCCGUCUUCGCCUCCGCCGCCAUGCCGGCCGCCGGGAAGCCCCUCAAGUUCGUCUCCGAACAGUUCGCGCAAGAAAAGGGGCCGGGUUUCUUCAUAGACAGCGUGAUCGAGACCAUCGCCGGCGACGACCCGCAGCGCGCUUGCAAGACGUUCCUGCUCGGGCCGGAGUACAUGGCGCAGCGGCUGUACCAGCUCAGCCCGGUCGAGGACCUGACGCUGGCGACGAUGCUGGUGAGGCCGUCGCGGCAGUUCUUGGACGACGCCGCUAUGAACGGGGAGGGGGUCCUGACGGCGGAGAGGUACGGCGCGGUGAGCCGCGUGUACGUGGUCGCCGAGGAGGACGCCUCGUGGUCGCCGGAGUUCCAGAGGCGGAUGGCGUCGUGGAACCCCGGCACGGAGGUGAGGGGCCUCCAGGGGUCCGAUCACAUGCCCAUGUUCUCCAAGCCCAUGGAGCUCUCAGAUCUCCUCGUGGAGAUAGCCAACAAGUACUCCUAUGUCUGAAUCAGGAAACUUCAUCUCCAGUUAUGAAUUCUGAAUAAUUCUUCAGGGAAAUCAAGAGAUGUUUGGUUUCUACUUCUAACUGCAUCAUCAUCGUCAUCAAAAGAAGAAUAUGUUCUCUGCCCAAACAAAAAGUCCAUAUAUGUGUGUAGCAACAAGAUUGUGAUACAGAAUCAUCUCUGUUACAUUUCUCUUUGAUUUCACAAAAUCUUAGCACCAAAGACCUUGCGAGGGAAAUUACGGGUCGCGAAAAAGUACUUGAGACAUUGAUGUCACAAAGAACAUUGUGAUACAGAAACAUUUAUUUAUGUUACAUUUUA